CAGAUCUCCCUGGAGGCUAUAAAAGAACGCUCAGGGCUUUUUUAUUCUCUGAAGUCAGAAGAGUGCCAUCUACUACUACCCAGUCAGUAGGGUGACUGGGAAGGAAAAAAAAGGCACCUUAAAUUGAGCAACUUCAUAGCACUUCCUUCCCUGGAACCUGUCCAGGCACAGGAACUUGGGACAAUCCUUACCAUGUUUUUAACUGCAGCAAAUCCACAGUCUUUCUCAACUCCAAGCUGGCAGAUUGAGAAGAAGUAUUCAACUAGUGUGCUUACUGGGAACUGGGUGGAAGAGAGGAGAAAGUUCACCAGAGAUACUGAGAAGGUCCCCCAGAGCAUUCACAGAAGGGAGUAUGUCCCCUUCCCGGGCCACAGGCCAGACCAGAUCUCCAGGUGGUACGGGGAGAGGAGAGUUGAGGGGCUCCCAUACAAACACCUGAUCACCCACCACCAGGAGCCCUUGCAUCGAUAUCUGAUCAGCACAUAUGACGACCAUUACAACCGGCACAAUUAUAACCCAGGCUUGCCCGCCCUCCGCACCUGGAGUAGACAGAAGUUGCUGUGGCUGCCAGAGAAGGCCGACUUCCCCCUUCUUGCUCCCCCUACAAACUAUGGGCUGUAUGAGCGGCUGAAGCAGAGGUGGCUUGCAUCCAAGCCUGGCCUGAGUGAAAGCAUUUAUACUUCAUCCUACCCCAGUCCACCUGUGUGCACAAUGUCCAGGAGGGAGUAUGCCAUCCCGGUCCCUCCCCCUCGCCUACACCCUGUCCCACACUUCUGAGAACUGCAACCCCACCAACAGCUCCGCCAGAAACACCUGGAAACUCACAGCAUAACUGGACCUGCCUGACAGCAAGCAGUUGCAGACGAACCCAGAAUAUUAAGUCUGGCCCACUGGAGGGGCCCUGAGAAUCAGGUGCUAGGGUUUAUGGUACUGUCACCUCCGAACCCAAGGUUUCCUUUCUUUUCCACCCUUUAAUUAAAGCUUUUGGACACUGUCUCAGGCCCAUGAACAUGCAGAAGACAGGUUUGCAUUGUCCAAGAAAACCAGGAGAAGUUUGAUCUCCUUGUUUCUCAGGAGGGGAAACUGAGGGUAGGAUGGUAAUGGAUUCUCUCGUGUUCUCACAACUGAAAAUGUGCCCUCGAGAAGUGUCUGGUACAAUGGAGAAAUGGAUCUGCAGUGAUACCCAUCACAAAAAGCCAGGGAGUAGUGACAGAGCUUUAGAGAGGAGGUGAAGAAGCUCAUCCAGGGUUGUCUCGGCUGGGGAUACAAGCAUUGGCUCAGAAGAAGGAAGAACACAGGGCAUCACCCCUGCACCUCUGAGCUCUGCAGUGCUUUCAGGGAUCUGGGAAGGGGAGAGUCUGCUGGUAGGUUUGGGAAUGAGGUAGGUAUUCCUUUUGAGUUCAGGUGGACAACUCAGGCACUACCACCUUCACCCAGAAUAGAAAUCCCUCUGGUGUGGUGGCCAGUCUUGGGUUAAGAAUGGUGUGUCCAUAAUCUGGCCUCUUUGACUUUUAGAAUUUAAUAGUUACAGGCUAGUCUUUCUUUGAAGAACCUUUCUCCACCAUCUGCCUCCACCCAAUUUGCUUACAUCUACUAUAGUAAGCACGGUGCCUAGUAUAAGCAGUUGGUGCUUAACAGUCCGUAGCUGAGUUUGUGGAUGACCCCAAAUGUCUUUUAGGGAUCCACUCUGGACCAUUGCCCUAUGUCCUGAGUCUCUGUCUCACUAUUCCCCAUAAACUUCCACUCCAAGUGGGCCACCAUGCCCAAGCCCUGGCCUAUCCUGGUCCCAGAAGUCUUUGUUUUGCACAAAGUUCAGCAUCCUGCACUUCAGACUCAGAAGAAAAUGCCUCUCCUGGGUUCCUUCUGCCACUUUCAGGGAGGAAAUCACUUCUCUGCUUCUCCUUCCUUGGCACCUGCUCGUACCCAUUCUAGCAGGGUCUAAGUGCCCUUGUUCUGCCAGAUCUGCUGUGUCUGCCAUCAAAAAGAAACAACAAAUAAGCAGCAAUCAUCUUUAUGCUUUGAAGAAAAAUUAAAAUCAUUGGGUAGUUAUCCUUCCAUGAAUCUUUUCCUUAAAUCACUUUUAGCAUCUGCUAUGGUAUUCUACACAAUGACAGGAAGGAAAGAAGAAAGGAAGGAAAAAAGAAGGAAAAAAAGGAAUAAAUUCAAGUUCAAUAUUUAUUGCAGGUUGAGUGAACACUGCUAGCCAGGACCUGGGCCUGGAAGGAGUUGAUGAUCCUUUUGAAUCACUACCAGUAGGAUACAAGAUUAGGAUUAUUAGGAUCAUUUCUGUCUCACAGAUGAGAAAAAGGGCCAAUAAGGAUGUGCUGAAUGGCCUGAGGUUGUAUAGCUUCUGAAGCCAGGAGUGGGAUUUGAACUCAGGCGCUGUGGCCACAAGAGUACAUGCUGCUUUCUACUUUGUACCCCUCACAGAAAUGCCACAGGAACCUUCGUUCUCCUGUGUGCUUGGCUCCUGGGCACUUGCGUGCUUUGGCAAUGAUUUUGUCCUGUAGAAAAAUAA